UCCUGGUAACUAUCUGAAGUUUACGUGAAUCACGUGACGAUCAAGCAUUUUGACCUUCCGUUGACGCGACCCCUCGUCUGCAUCGCUCCGGUUGCCGGGUACCGUAGAUUCACUUCGCUCGCGGCGGGCCGUCUUCUCGCGGCAGUUCCACAGACACAGUUUACGCGUGCAGGAGGAUUAACGCGGAAAUUCACGGCAUAAAGUUACUCACGUGAAGGAGCACAGACUCUUCGGUUAGCCUUGCCGGUUUGUUUGUGUAUUUCUGUAAGGGUUCAUUUGGGUAUUAUCCCCCCCGUCCCCCCGUCCGCCUGUUCAUGCGCCAUCACAUCCCGGCAGUUGGCUCUCUACUCGUCCGCACGACAACGACCACCAACCGAGCUGAACUGACCGCUUUACUCCCCGCUGUCUGGGUGAUCUUCCAGCGAGAGAGUUCCCCCUGAAAGCGCAUCUUCCGGGCCGUGCACUUGUCACUGCAGUUCGGUGCCGCGUGAGUCGACAGUGACCUGGGAGUGUGUGUGAGCAGGUCCACUGUGGCUAAUGACUUCUGAUCAGGACACCAAAGCCAUCACUGAGCACCAGGUGAACUCUGACCCCACUGACAAACUCACCGGCCCUCUGGAGCCUCCUAAGUUGUCUGACCUGAACCACAAUGCUAAAGCAUGGACCAAUCACACGCCUCGUCUGGACAUGUUUGAGACCACCCCCUCCUCAGUUCUCCAAUCACAGCUCAAGCAGUCAGAUGGCUCCUCCCAGGACAGGAUCAGAGGUGAUGAGCAUGAUGAUACCGGAAUAUUUGAGGAGCAGCCAUUGGCUCAGGCCGAGACUCCUCCCACUGUGACCCAGGAAGCCAACAUGGUGCUGCAGAGCCCCGCCCCCUCGGAGGAGGUGCCAGAGAGAGAUGAAAAAAGCGACCUGAGAGAAAAUCUGAAGGAAACUCUCCAGUUUUGUUUAUCACGUGAGAACCUCUCCAGCGACAUGUAUCUGAUCUCCCAGAUGGACAGUGACCAGUACGUGCCGGUCGUUACCCUGGCCAAUCUGGACCACAUCAAGAACAUCACCACGGACACGGACCUCAUUGUGGACAUCCUCAGAUCGCUCCCUCAGCUGCAGGUGGAUGAGAGUGGAGAGAGGGUGAGACCCAAUCAGAACCGCUGCAUCGUCAUCCUCCGAGAGAUACCUCAGAGCACACCUGUACAGGAGGUUGAGGCCUUGUUCCAGAUGGGGAAUCUGCCUAAGUUCAUCAGCUGUGAGUUUGCCUACAACGACAGCUGGUUCAUCACCUUCCUUACGGAGGACGCUGCACAGCAGGCAUAUCAGUAUCUCAGAGAGGAAGUGAAGACCUUCCAGGGGAACCCCAUCAAGGCACGCAUCAAAGUGAAGUCUAUGGCCUUUCUGCCAAAGAAUGGCUACCGGCCAGUGGGGGCGGGACCUCCGUAUGCCCCGCCCAGAUUCUCUCCUUUCCUGAUGCCUCCAGUUUACACUCCGCCCCCUGCAGCGCCCCAGUUCCCUCUGUACAGCAUUAUACCACACACACACACUGCACUGCAGGUGGCGCCCUUCCCCAACAGCGCCUUCAUCCACAGCUUCAGCUCACCCCCCAGCUACAAAGCUACCAGCACUUUCCACAGGACCUACAGCAAACAUCAGCCUCGGAGGGGUGUGGCAGGGGGUGGGGUCAUGUUUGAAAGCCCCUCCCCCGUAUUCAGCUUUACGCCUGAGCACUUCCACCCCAGCCAAUCACGGCCCUCACAAACUCAGCGCAUCCGCCCCCAACCUGCUGGGAUUGGCUACCCAAGCCAUGACAUCAGUGGUGUUGCCAGGUCCCAGCCAAUCACGGCGGACUGCUCCAUGGGCCGGAGUAGGUCCAAUAUCUACACUUCCAGGAAGAAGAGGGAGGACAAGUUUACACGCGGUGCAGAGAUGCCCCCCCCUCCGGUGAGGUCGCCGUCUCCAGGGUUGGAGUUGGGUCCCUGCAGCUUCCCCCCCCUCCCCUCAGCUCUCCCUCACACACCAACACACACACACACUCCCCCACACACACCCCACAGCCUGCACGCCCUGUUCAGCAACAUCGCCAUAGCAACCGCCCAUCAGCAGGAUGGGUGUUCUAAAGGCGGAGCAUCCAGCCCCGUCUCUUCAGGAAGACCCAUGGUGACCACGCCCCCGUUGCCAAGCAACCUGUUGUCCCCUCCUAACUCGGCUCUUAGGCCCUCCUACAGUACAGAGGAUCUGAAGUGUGAGAAGGAGACUCAGAUGUCAGUGGAGAGGCCGUACAUCACCGUGGCAACCGCCAGCAAGUCUGUCCAGGUGAACGGCUUGGCAACGGAGGGCUGUAGGCCGAGCUACGCUGAGAUCUGCCAGCGAAUCAGAGACACAUGCAGCAGUGAAAGCCCCGCCCCCAAACACCAGCAGUCCAGAAAGGCCACGCCCACCAACCCUCGACAACCAUCGCCGGGCAAGAACCUCCUGACCCCUCCCGCCUCACCUCAGUAGUCAUGGCAACAACAAAUAAAUGUGAUGGGGGGGAAAAAAGACAAAAAAAAAGAGACUACACACACACACACACA